AUGGCACAUAAAGGAAGCAAAGAAAUGGAACAUAAAAGAAGUAAAGAAAUGGCACAUAAAAGAAGUAAAGAAAUGGCACAUGAAGGAAGUAAAGAAGUGGCACAUAAAAGAAGUAAAGAAAUGGAACAUAAAGGAAGUAAAGAAAUGGAACAUAAAAGAAGGAAAGAAAUGGCACAUAACAGAAGUAAAGACGUGGCACAUAAAAGAAGUAAAGAAAUGGCACAUGAAGGAAGUAAAGAAGUGGCACAUAAAAGAAAUAAAGAAAUGGCACAUAAAAGAAGAAAAGAAAUGGCGCAUAAAAGAAGUAAAGACGUGGCACAUAAAACAAGUAAAGAAGUGGCACAUAAAAGAAGUAAAGAAAUGGAACAUAAAGGAAGUAAAGAAAUGGAACAUAAAAGAAGAAAAGAAAUGGCACAUAAAGGAAGUAAAGAAAUGGAACAUAAAAGAAGAAAAGAAAUGGAACAUAAAAGAAGUAAAGAAGUGGCACAUAAAGGAAGUAACGUGGCACAUAAAAGAAGUAAAGAAGUGGCACAUAACAGAAGUAAAGAAGUGGCACAUAAAAGAAGGAAAGAAGUGGCACAUAAAAGAAGUAAAGAAAUGGAACAUAAAGGAAGUAAAGAAAUGGAACAUAAAAGAAGAAAAGAAAUGGCACAUAACAGAAGUAAAGAAAUACCACAUAAAAGAAGUAAAGACGUGGCACAUAAAGGAAGAAAAGAAGUGGCACAUAAAAGAAGUAAAGAAAUGGAACAUAAAGGAAGUAAAGAAAUGGAACAUAAAAGAAGAAAAGAAAUGGCACAUAAAGGAAGUAAAGAAAUGGCAUAUAAAAGAAGUAAAGAAAUGGCACAUAAAAGAAGUAGAGAAAUGGCACAUAAAGGAAGUAAAGAAGUGGCACAUAAAAGAAAUAAAGAAAUGGCACAUAAAGGAAGUAAAGACGUGGCACAUAAAAGAAGUAAAGAAAUGGCACAUGAAGGAAGUAAAGAAGUGGCACAUAAAAGAAAUAAAGAAAUGGCACAUAAAGGAAGUAAAGACGUGGCACAUAAAAGAAGUAAAGACGUGGCACAUAAAAGAAGUAAAGAAAUGGCACAUAAAAGAAGAAAAGAAAUGGCACAUAAAAGAAGUAAAGACGUGGCACAUAAAAGAAGUAAAGAAGUGGCACAUAAAAGAAGUAAAGAAAUGGCACAUAAAAGAAGUAAAGACGUGGCACAUAAAGGAAGUAAAGAAGUGGCACAUAAAAGAAGUAAAGAAAUGGCACAUAAAGGAAGUAAAGAAGUGGCACAUAAAAGAAAUAAAGAAGUGGCACAUAAAAUAAGUAAAGAAAUGGCACAUAAAGGAAGUAAAGAAGUGGCACAUAAAAGAAGUAAAGAAAUGGCACAUAAAGGAAGUAAAGAAAUGGAACAUAAAAGAAGUAAAGAAAUGGCACAUAACAGAAGUAAAGAAGUGGCACAUAAAAGAAGUAAAGACGUGGCACAUAAAAGAAGUAAAGAAGUGGCACAUAAAGGAAGUAAAGAAAUGGCACAUAAAAGAAGUAAAGAAAUGGCACAUGAAGGAAGUAAAGAAGUGGCACAUAAAAGAAGUAAAGAAAUGGCACAUAAAAGAAGAAAAGAAAUGGAAGAUAAAAGAAUUAAAAAGAGGCACAUAACAGAAGUAAAGAAUUGGCACAUAAAAGAAGUAAAGACGUGUCACAUAAAAGAAGUUAAGAGGUGGCGAUUAAAAGAAGUAAAGAAGUGGCGCUUAAGCACAUAA